UCAACCCAUUUUGUUUACUGGUUCGCUUUUCUCGUUUUAAUGGCCACAGAAAUUCGUGACGGUGACGAUGCUAGUGACGAGGAAGAAUAUGUGCUUCCUCAAGAUACUCAAGAUCUUCUUAAGCAGUUUCUACAAGAGAAAGCGUGUGCAAAUGGCAACGCACAGGACGGAGGAGGUUUCGAAGAGAACUGGCAAUUGAGUCAAUUCUGGUACAACGAAUCAACGAAGCAAACCCUAGCCUCUGUGGUACAAUCCCUGCAGGAGCAGAGCGCCGUCCCGGACGAUAUAUUUAAAGUAGCUCUGCUAUCGGCACCUUCGGCUUACAAGCACGUGUCGAAGAUAAAUGCAAAUGCUAUGUUGUUUGAGUUUGACGAGAGGUUUGCAUACCAUGGCGAUCGUUUUUACCAAUAUGAUUACAACCGAGCGAUUGAAACGAACUAUUUGGAUGAAUUUCGUGAAGCAUUCGACUUGAUUAUAGCGGAUCCACCGUUCUUGUCUGAAGAGUGCAUCGAAAAGAUGGGAAUAAUUAUUAAGAAAAUGGCUAAGCCCAACUGUAAACUCCUUCUCUGCUCUGGCGCUGUUGUGCAGCAAUGGGCAGAGCAGUACAUAGGCGUUACGAUGUGUGACUUUCGACCGGAACACGAACGCAACUUAGGAAACGAAUUUUGUUCUUAUUCUAAUUUUGAUUUAGACAGCAUUAUUAAACAAAAUCCUUCUUCUUAG